CACUCUUCUUCGCGCCCUCCGAUCUGGAGCUUGUGAAAAUAGAGACUUAAAUGACUUUGUCAAUGUUGAUACCUGAAUCAAUUUGUUACGUGAUAACGAGGCCUUAACGAGUUAAAGCCAUAUAUGAAUUCGUUUACUGUCCAUGUCAUGUUUGUGUCUAUUCUAGUUGCUUGGCAUAAUAAAUCCGUGAGCAGGCCGGGAUCCACCCCUGGUCUUGGUGCUCUCCAAACUGUGACCGGUAGUUUCUCCGGGAAGAGAGGCGGGUAAAACGUAAACACUAUCCGAGCAGAGAUCGCGUUAAACCCGAUUGAGUUCGGUAUGUUGGUUUAUCCUUGAGUUUCACCACCGUUGUAGUGUAGCUUUGAUAGACCAACGUGUCUCUCUUAGACUAUUCGAAAAAGUAACGCGCUACUUGACUAUCAAGCUGACUGGUUAGCUGGCUAGCGAGCUAGUGUUCUCGCAUCAUAGCGACCGUUAUGAAAGACAAGAUAGCUACGGACCCUAAUGUGAUUUACAACCAACUUCAGGAAAAUCAAAUGGAGGACUACGACACAUUUGUGCAGAAUCGUCUAGCACAGAUGCGGAACAAAGAGGAGGAACACCAAAAGUCUGCGUCUUCUGCCAUUCGCUUCUACGGAGCGCCCAUCCUGCCCCCCGUGCUCACAGAUACUCAAAUAGCGGAAAUGCAGCAGCACAAAGAAGUGGCGCAAAGAAAUGCUGUCAGUCGAAGGAUGAAUGGCAAUGAAAGACUGGCAUAUGUGCAAACAAUUCUACAUAGUGUUCAGAUGCGGCAUUCACCAACAUUGGAGGACUUGCUUCAGGAAUUGAAUGUCACCCCAAAAUCUUUGGAUUCCUCAAACUCCAGUGAAUCGAGUCAUCAAAGUGUAAAUACUGUGGCAGAAAUGAAUAGUCCACACAUUGGUCCUUUGCCAUCAACAACAAAUAGUGCCUUUUCCUCUUCUCGUGUGAUUCUUAAACCAAAUCACAAGGGAGGGUGCCUUGUUGAGCGUUGUCGAAACCAACAAGACUCUGAGUCGAAAUCAAGCUCCUAUAAUAGUGCUAGUGACUGCUCUGUAUCCGUGGGUUGUUUGGCUCGUGCGAUUAUGGAAAACACCAGUGGUCUUUCAGAAAGCCUUGACAGAAGGAAUGAUGGUCACGGCCCACAGGGAACUAAUAAUACAACUGACGUUUUCCUUCACAAGACCUCAAAGAGAAUUGCCAGUAUGCAAGAUAUUAUUAGCUACCCUCCUAUAGAUGGAGAGGAAUUGGAGCGAAGUGGACAAGAGUCAUCCUUUUGUCAUGAUUUUAUAACGCGGAAUGAGGAUUCAAUCAGAAGCGACCAUUUCCCUGAAGAGGAAAAUGAAACUAGUCAAAUGGAAAGUACCAAGUGUCAACAUAAGCCUCCCUCUUCUGCUGUACUCAACAUGAAGGAAGGCCAAAAAAUGAAGCACGUGGUGGUCCCUGUCCCCUCUUUGGACGGGUGCAGCACUUCAGACAUUGCUGAGUUACCUCAAACACCAAGCAUUGAUUGUUCAUGUACUGAUCAGCUUACUCAGAGCAACCCAGCAAACGAAGAAACGAUGGACACGCAGGUACCCCAAGCACAAUCGCAGCCUCCUAAUCGGCCGAGCCUCCAGGACUUGCUGAGGAAAUCUCAGGAGUACCGCUGGCAGCAACGCAUGCUUAGGAACCAAGCCAAAAAUGCGAGAAUGCAGGAGAAAGCACAAGAACAACCAAGAGUGGAGGAGAAGAGCCUCUCUGAUAAGGAGAACAAUGAGUUUCACUCUAAAAGUACAGAAGGGAGAAAAACUAAAGAGAAGAGGUUUGUCAAAACAAUCAAUACCAUCUGCAAAAAAUACAGCGAGAAGAAUCCAGUGUUUUUGGAUGAGUUGAUCAGCAAAAAGGCAAACCGUGAUCCUGAAAGAGCACCUGAACAAAUCAGCCUUCCUCACCCUCAGUCCCUGUUGCAAUCCCAAACACAAAAAGUCAAUCACAUGACAAGUGUGCAAGCAUCCAUCGACCCAGUUACUUCCCUCGAAGGGCACGGAACCCAUCACUCCAUCCCUGUGCCUCAUUUCUGCCCGAGCCCUGUUUACAAUAAGGGUUCCAGUAGUUUACCAAAUGAAGAGGAUAACUUCAGAGGGAGCGUUUCAAUCAGCUCAAGCUAUAAAGAAAGCUACGAGGCUGAUGAACGUAACCCGGGACUGCAAAGCGAUGGACCGAGCGUCAUAGUCCAGAGUUCACAGCACAUAAACCAGCUUGAGUCCGGCCUGUCCGUCUUAAAAGAACUCAUCUCUGAUCUGGGGUCAUCCCUCAUGGAAAUUGAAGGGAAAUGUGAGGAUAGGCCUGAUGAGGACGAUGUUGGAAAGCCAGACCAAAGGAACAAUGCGGAUCCAGAUAGACAAUCCCUUGAAUCGUGGAGAAGCGUGCUGGAAUACACAGAUGAGCAAAACAACAGCAACAAAGACGAUGCUCCGUCAAUCUUACAGGAUGAAGAAAAAGAGGUUGUUGAUUUAGAAGAGUUCAGCGUGGUCAACACCUUUACGCUUCAGGGCAGAAUCAAUGAAGACGCUGUCAACAUGAGUUCUCCACAGCUGGAGGGAAGCGGAACGCAACAGCCACCAGCUAAAUGUGCUCUCUCCGUAGCCAAGUGGAUGCCAAUUCCUGAUGUUUUCAGAAAUGUUCCAUCAGAACCCACAGCUCCUCAUGACGUUUCUGUCCUGGCGUGCAGCAAGUCACAUCCGACAGAAAGAAAACCGGAAUUGGCCGAGGACGGUUGUAGCUUCACUAGUAGGCUCUCUGUCGACCGCCAAUCAUUCGAUGUGGAUACACCGUCUGAGGUGUGGGUCCUCGAGUGUUCGGGAUCUGACCAGGACUCAAGAGACCGCUUGAUUCAAGCGAAGGGACUGACCCCCGUGAGUGUGGCCGCUAUUGAGGGCACAUCAUCCAAGGUCAAACGGAGACUGCUUAUGCAUGCGACAGACAACCUGGACAUGACUGCAACACCCAGCAGUGAGGACUUGUCAGAGGUCAAACACAGCUACGGUUCUUCCAGCGUGACUUCACCGGGGAGUGACCAUUUUGCGGAGGAACUAAAACAGGUCCACGUUGCUCAGGUCAGAGCCCUGCAAGAAGAGCACAGGAGGCAGCAGGAGGAAUUGUGUCAGGCACUUGCAAUGCGCUAUUGCCUGCUCCAGGGCUCGUCCUUCCUGUGGUCUCUGUCAGGCUCCCGUCUUGGGGACACAGUGACAUUCUCAAAGAUCUCUCAGCCCCCAAGCUCUCACCUUGAGCACUGCCGCCCCCUGCUGUUAGCUGCUGUCAAAGGCUAUCUGACGCGACGGCUGCUCAGGACUGAGAGAGUGGCGCAGCUGGUGCGCACUAUUGGGGACACACAACAGUUCCUGCAGGCUUUCCAGCCACCUCUUCACAGAGGGGAUAUCUGUAGCAAACAGGAUCGUUUAUUGCAGCAGAGAGUCUCUCUGCAGCUGCGAGCGGCGCGUUACGAAAUGUACGAUAUCUUCUUCUGCCUGUCAGUGGCGGAAAGGAUGCAUCUGAUUAGUUUGGACAGAGAGCUGGCCAGGGAGAGAGUGCUCAGACGACAGAUGGGGCACACAAGCUGUCCAAAAGGCAGGAGUUCUCUGUCUGCCGCAACACAGAAGUCACUCCUGAGAAAAAGAGGCAUCUUGAUCCAGAAGAAGGUGUCAGAAAGACGCAGGGGAGUUGUGACGACUGACGACAAGACAGGAUUCAUGAGCGAGCAGCCACUUGACACAAAGCGAGGGCGGUUGAGAACAAAGCCUGCAAAGAGCUCUCAGAGCUUCUUCUCCUGCAGACCCCGAUGACACAAGCUCAUUUGGCCCCACUAAGGACUUAAGUUUAUAUUUCCCAAAUCUGGGCUCCCUUUGAACUACUGUUGUGUCUUCAUUUCCGUAGAAAUGAUAAGAUACUUUCACAUCGACACACUAAUUUACUGUACUUCAGUAAAUCUGCUCAACUGUUGCCUUAAUUUUCAGGCCUGGUUUACUUUCCAUGUCUACCAAAAAAAGCCUCCAGAGUGAAGUUUGUGUUAUUUAUGUUUGUAAGUUUUUAGUGUGAUAAUAAAGGUUUUUACAACAUGACAA